UCGUUUGUGUUUUGUUCGCGUACGGUUCGGUAGUAGAAGAUCAGCGCGAAUCAGCGCGAUCGAUCGAUUGACGACGUUACGUUGUCGCGUCGCGUGAUAUUUACCUUUGGACAUUCUUCUUCUUCCUAUUUCCAUUCUGCGCUGCGGGGUUUGUGAUUGGAUAGACACUGAAAUCGAUUCGAGUGAGUGUGGCAAUUGACGAAUGGAGAAGUGAAAUUAAUCUCGGAAGAAGGUUAAAUUUGUAGAAUUAUAGUGAUUUUUUAAGUGAACAGUGUCUGGAUUUCGGAAUUCGUGAAAAUAAUAAAAGAAAAAAUGAAAGUGUCUCACCAAAACGGUAUAGGUGGUUCGUACGAUCGUGAAUGUAUUUCUGCGUGAGGCGUAUGCGCCUAGCGGAAACGCGAAAAUCAUCAUUCGAAUGACAAUAGGUGUUACAUCAGUCGACGGAGUUGCUCAAAGUGGAUUGCUGGAAUUCAGUUGUUGCAAUCCUACGAUCGCGGGCUGGAAUCCAAAGCAGUUGGAUUAGCUUUUUUUACUGUUUCAAAAUAGUUUUCUGCAUACUGCAACAAAGCCUGCUGUGAUUUGUGAUUGGUUCGAGAGAAGCGCGAACACCGAGUGGAAUUUAGAAUGGCCUAACCCGCCGCGGUGUUGCGAUUGGAGAUGUUGAAGAGAUUUCGGUAGGUGUCGCACUGUCAGUGUGUUGGUGUAGUUCUGAGCUGCUCUGCGUGAGAGAGAUCUCCGUGACUACGCGAGAAUUACCCGUGUGAUCGCGACCGCAGCUGCAGUCGCGGAUAGGCGGACGAGAGCGGAUUGCGUUAGUCAGGGUGCAGUAAUAAUUUGCGGUGGUGUUUCGAUAUUGGUUCCGUCGCCGUCAGUUUUUUUUUUGUUAGGUGCUACGGAGUGUUUUUGUCUGCAACAAAGUUUGCGAAAGCCUACUGCUUUGAUCGCUCGCGAUCGAUUUGUGCGAAGUUCCAGCGGCUCAACGAAUCGUAGCAAGCCUUGGCAGACUUAUUUCCCUUUCACGCAUGAAGUGAUCGGUACUGACCGCAAGAAGAGCUACCCAAAGAAGAAAACAACAAUAAUAAAAAAUACAAUCAUAAUUACAGUUUGUCGCUGUCAGAGUUGACCGUGGAGUACGAAAAAAAAUCCUAUUCUUGACGAGAUUUUGAGCGUGUUGAUUGUGUGUGCGUGGGCGUAUUCGUGUAUCUGUGUGUCAAUCAAGUGCUGACCAGUGAAUGGAAUGUUGUUGAAAAAUAUGAAGUUGUCAGUUUUCACAACAAUCGAAUGAUGUAGCGAAUGGGAAGUGCAAGCAAAAUGUCAAAAUGAAAGUUGUUCCCAUUGCCCAUGGUAGUGCGGCUGCUAAACAAACUAGCCGUAGUGAUGUUGUAGUUGUGGUGGAGCAGUGCUUUACGAACUGAGACAUACGACGGAUGGAUGGACGGUAGCAGGCAGUUCCUUCUUCCGCACAGGCAGACACAGCAAAAGACAAAAGAUUUCGACGGACGGAAUGCGAGAAACCUCGAAGUCGUCGUCGUCGUCGUCGUCGAAGUUAUCGUCACGAAAGAAGGAACUUAAGCAUUAACAUAUGCAGUUGUGCAGCGGUGCAUGUAGGCAUGCACAAUUUGACGGUGGAACAACUUGGCUGUCUUUCCAAAUAAUGCGAUAGCAUAAACGGCAUCAACGGCAGACAGUUUUUGGUCUCCUCCCCCCGGGCCGUGAAAUGCGAAAUGCUACCGUAGUGUGGAAAAGUUUAAAGAUUGCAACUGAUAACGACACCAGCCAGGAGCGCCACUGCCACCUGCACUACCACCGGUCUGCGAGCGGAUUCCGCCGAAGAAGAUUGACUGGGAAAACAGCUGAGUGAGGGUUGUGCGAAGCGCGCCGCGUGCGCGCCAGAGUUCACUGACUCGUUCGCCGAAGCGUGGCGGCCAGAUAUGAAGUGGAUGCACUAACUAGUGAUAUGCUGCUGUGAUAUGAUAUGUACGUGUACGUGGGGGUUGUGAAGCACACGUUCGUGUUUGUAACCACCGAGGAGAAAAAUAUUCAUGGGAAAGUGCAACCUUGCCUUUUUCGACUACGGACGGACGACGGAGGCGGUAACCUAAUCUAGGCAGUGCGUCGAAGCUGGCAUAGAAGGGAUGGAAUUUGAGCAAUGUGUGAAAGUGAAGUGACCCCGUCCAUCAUCGGUUGCAGUGUUUUUGGGGUUUGUAGCGAAGUGCGCCCACCGACGUGAAUCGUUUGAAUCCGAAAUAAUAAUUAUUACUAACAGUGAGUGAUAAUAUAAAUCCAACGAAUGCAGCAGUAUCGUUCCUGGUGGUGUUAAACGUCGAUGUUGAUUGAAGGACGGCAGCGAUUGAUAGGCGAAGUUAUUCAGUAACGAGGUGUGCGUGCAAGCAAAAAAAAAUACCUUCGCAGAUUUUUGGUGGAAAGUGAAAAGCCACAUAUAACCGUCGGAAUUCGUCGAAAGGUAGUGGAAAAAUAGUCAGUUGAAAGUGAAAUUUAUUGGAAGCACUUGUUUUUGGAAGCCGUUGGUGUGGAAAGGGUAGUGCAAUUUCGUGGAUUAUUAUGGCCGGCCGAAGGCAGCAGCAUCGACGAAGGAACGGCGCAAGACAGCAAUGAGUAACGGAACGACGACAGCAACGGCAGUGGCGGCAACCGGAAACGGUAGCGCUGCUGGCUCAGGGGCUACGGAUGCGGAAAGCUUGCCCACCUGGCGACUUUGGGGCGAGGAGCGUGAGCAGGACGCCAUCUACACCGUGUACCUGAAGAAGGUCCGCUACCACAGGCCAACGCCGAGCGCCAGCAGUCAAGACUCGGACGAUGAAAUAUCGCACUUGGAGUGGGAAACGGUGCGGGUGCGUUUCGUCAAGGCGGCCACCCUGUCGCGGCUGGUCGAUGCCCUGACCACGGACGAUGGCGAACUGGAGAGCACGUUCGUCAACGUGUUCCUGACAAGCUAUCGGACGUUCUCGCAGCCGGAAAAGGUGCUCGAGCUGCUGCUCAAUCGGUACGAGAAACUGCUGGCGGCGGAACUGGCACUGGUGCCGGCCGAGGCGCUCACCGAUCAGCACAAGAAAACUCUAGUCUCCGUUCUUCACGUGUGGUUGGAUGGAUUCCCCGAGGACUGGGAUACGGAAAACCUGCAGAGGUUACUGGCGUUCACCUCGAAGCGGCUGCCAAACUCGGAAAUACACGUUAAAGCUUUACAUAGGUAUACAAAUAGGUUAGAUAAGUACAGUCGAAUACCACCACCGUUGCCAUGGUCCGACCUGACCGAUCAGUUCGGGGGCCUCUGCCUAACGCCCGCCUUCCGAGGGCCUCCGUCCCACCUGCUGAAUUCGUACCGGUUCCCGAACAUCCCGGUGAAGCACUUUGCCGAGCAGCUCACCCGUAUGGACAUGGAACUUUUCAAGCGGUUGAUUCCGCACCAGUGUUUGGGGGCGAUCUGGUCCAACCGGGAUAAGCACGAGUGUGGCUCGGUAGUGGCCACCGUCACCCAGUUCAACGCUGUGUCCUUUAGGGUAAUAUCCAGCAUAUUGAUUGAACCGCGGUUGAAACCACAGGAACGUGCCCUGCUCAUAUCCACGUGGAUCGACAUCGCGCAAGAGUUGCGAUUACUCAAGAACUUCUCGUCUCUGAAGGCGAUUAUCUCUGGAUUGCAGUCGAAUGCCGUCUAUCGGUUAUCGAAGACCUGGGCGGCACUCCCUCGGGAAAAACUAGAACUCUACACCGAGUUGGCGCGGAUAUUCUCCGAAGACAACAACGCGUGGGCCCAGCGAGAGGUGCUGAUGCGAGAGGGGACGGCCAAGUUCGCCGAUACGGUCGGCGAAAACGAUCGUCACUUGCAGAAGGUCUUUCAGAAGCAGAACACCCUCAUCAGCCAUGGGACCAUUCCGUACCUGGGGACGUUCCUGACGGAUCUGACCAUGAUUCACGCUGCCAUUCCGGACACCCUGGCGGAAGGGUUGAUAAAUUUCGACAAACGGAGGAAGGAAUUCGAGGUGCUAGCGCAGAUCAAGUUACUACAGGGUGCUGCCAAUACGUAUCAUCUGCCAGAGGAUGCGCUGUUCGAUCGGUGGUUCGCUUCCUUGUUGGUGCUAGACGAACGAGAGGCGCACACUCUAAGCUGCCAGUUGGAGCCGCCGCCGGAGUCGCAGAAACGGCCUAGUCAUCAGGGACACAAGAAGAGCGACUCGAUCGCUUCGAACAGCAGUAGCGGGGCUGGAUCCCAGUUCUACUGCGACAUCAACAAUGCGUCCAAUGCAAGCUACAGUUCGCGGAACAACUCGCUAGACCGGGACGUGACACCACCAAACGCCUCCAUUCUAUCCGCUGCCAGCAGCGUUUCGUCCCUAUCGAUGGAAUCCACCACCUCGAGCAGUCAGAAGUCCAACCACCUCCUGAACGGUUCCGGUUUGAUCCGAACGCCCCAGUCCAACCGGGUCAACAACAGCAAUUCCAACCCGGCCAGCAAAACCCACAACGGUCAUGACACCCCCAUCAUCAACGGGCAGCUCAAGGAGGACUCGCCCCUCAAAAAGGGUUCCCCCGAUUUCUACAUCAUUAAGGUUACCUACGAGACGGAUCACGUCGAGCUGGACGGGAUCGUGCUGUACAAAAGUAUUAUGCUCGGGAACAACGAGCGAACGCCGCAGGUCAUCCGGAACGCGAUGCUGAAGCUCGGACUGGAGGGUGAUCCGGACAAGUACACGCUGUCGCAGGUUCUGCCGGACAAGGAACUGCUCCUGCCGAACAAUGCUAACGUGUACUACGCUGUGAACACGGCGUACAAUUUGAACUUUAUUCUUAGGCCAAAAAAGGAUCCGGACAGUGGGAGGUAGGGGGUUGAGCGGAAAUUCUGGUAACUUAUGCUAACUUAUGAACCCAUAAUUGUAAAUAUAUUUAUUCUCUUAGAAUUGGAAGAUAUAACUCAGACGAAUCUCCGUUGCGGGAUGGAAACUGCGAAUGUCGCAAACAGUGUAACUGAUAUUAACCGGGAUAACCGUAUAUUUGAGAAUAUUGUACAGAAUCUGUGGCGAACUAUAAGUAGCACGUAGGAUUAUACAAUGAACGUUUUUAGCCGCGGCGGACCAGAUAAGUUUUAGAAACGAGCACGGAUUAUGAUUGUGAACGCGUGAAAAAAGUAUCCUUAUGAACCCGUUGGAUUUACCGAAAAGUACCGACAAUUCAAAUUGGAUUUGAGCAAACUGAAAACUAAACAGAGCUUUUUAUUAACCGAUGGAAUCAGGAAUUGUCGAAAAAUUGAGAAGUGAUUUAUAUAGUAAUUCUUAAAUUGUGUACUGUACCAGAAGAAAGGUGUUAACCAUGCAGUAUCCAGAUAUAGACUAGACAUUUUUUAGCAUAGAGACUAGUACGUGUAUACUAAAAUGGAAGAAAAUUUAUUGGAAAUAUUAUAAUUCCUCACCGGUAUUUGAAGUUAA